UAAUUCCAGUUUUUAUCAACUGAUCUAAACUAAACUAAAACAGACUUUAAAACACACCAUAAGGAGGAACUUUGAAUAGGGAAGUUAAAUUUUUUUCACUCAUGUAUAGUAACAUUUUGAAUGUGGUUUUGACCGGAAAAAUACCCCCGUGAUGAGGCUUUAAGCCUGUGGUGAGUCUGUUACUGCUCAGAAUAGAGCAGAACACCUCAAGUUAUUUUGAAGGCAAGGAAGCCAAGUAUGUUUUUCUUUGUGAUUGCAGGGCUGCUGGUCUGCACAGAGGCACAAGGGUCCAGUGCUCUGACUCCUCUAUUUGUGCAGACGGGAAAGGAUUUACGUCUGGAUGUCAUGACACCUGUUUCUCUAGUCAAACACACUGAAUUGAGAUGGAAAUAUAAUAAAGAUGAAAAUAUAGUAAGAUUACUUCAUGACAACACAACAAUAAUAAUUGACUGUUAUGUGGGAAGGGCAGAUAUUUCUGCUCAAAAUUACUCUUUGCUUUUGAAGAAUGUGCAACAAGCUGACAGUGGACAUUACUCUGCACACUUCAUUGGGAACAAUGAAAAAUAUGUAGCUGAAUACAACGUCACAGUUCAAGAUCCAGUGUCUCCAGUUCAUCUGAUCGUAGACUCUGUGCCCACAAGCUCAGGCUCCUGUAACAUCACUGUGACCUGCAGCACACAGGACUCACAUCACAUCAACAGCACUUUUACAUGUGACACACAAACCUGCAGUCAGGACAGAGGAGAGACAUCAAAGACCACAACCUCUGCUGCUUCUCUCCAAGUCUACCUGUGGAAUGGCUCGAUCAUCUGUAACCAUAGCAACCAGGUCAGCUGGGCCAAGGACGUUAACACGCCCAAAAGUGUUUGCCCCCAACAACUUACAGAGAAUGUCUCUGGUGGUAUUUCUGUCUGCCUGGUAAAGACAGUCAUGUUCUCUGUCGGUCUGAUAAUCAUGGUGUCUGUGGUCAUUGGUGUCCAUCUCAUGGAGAGGAAGACGACGUAAAAAUAACCAAACAGUUCUCUGCUAAUGAGUCAUUACAUGCUGUAUGUCUCACACUCUCAUCUAUAACACUUAAUAUUUCUUUAUGAAAAACCUUUUAACAAUUAAUAUAAAUGCUGAUUAUUCUUGAUUAUCCAUUGAUUGAUCCAUUUGCUCACUUUCUAAGAACAGUGAUUGUAAAGAGAUGCCCGUGUUAAAAAUGUUUUUUUGAAAAUGUCAUGAAAAU